AUGCCGUCGUGGAGCCUGCGAGCAAUGCUGCCUUCAUUUUUCGUGAUGGUAUUCGCUCACAAGUUGUUCGGUGUCUCCGUUUGUGGGCUUCAACUUCAUCGGACAUUCGUCCUACUGUUCCGGACCGACCUGUUUUCCCGGCGAGCAGUCACUCACUCGGUUGCAAUGUCCAAGCAGCGCUCCUUUCCUAUCCAGGUGCCAGCCCGCAAGAACAUUGGCAAUGUUUCGAACAGUGUCUCAGAGGAUCUCCGCAAGACUCGAUAG